CCCUGUCUUGGCCAGUUUUUCGAACGUGGCACCUUGGAAAUCGGGAAACGUUCCAAGGUUUGGAAACAUUUCAACUUACGAAACUUUCCAAAACCGCGAACUUCCACAUCGACGACCACCACCUCUUAUCCCAACCUCCACCAUCCUUGCCCGCGACCCAACUUGACUUAAAUAAAGCUAGGAUACGAUCAGUUGAGAGAAGCUUUUCCAGGUUCAACAAAAAAAAGAAAUAAGGAAAAAAGGAAAAAUGAGGGCGCUUCUCCCCCUCUUGAUGCUGGGCUCCGUCGCUCAAGCACUACACUUCUUCCUCGACGGCACCACCCCGAAAUGCUUCUUCGAGGACUUACCGAAGGAUACACUGGUACUCGGACACUAUGCAGCCGAGGAGUGGGACGACAACACCCAAUCAUGGUCCAGACACGACGGCAUCAGCAUCUACAUCUCGGUCGAUGAAAUAUUCGACAACGACCACCGCGUAGUCUCCCAGCGAGGGCAGGCCUCGGGAAAGUUCACCUUCACCACGGCCGACGCCGGCGAGCACAAGAUCUGCUUCACCCCUAGCAGCAACAGCGGCCGCACCGGCUGGCUCAGCGCCCUUCAGCCCAACGGCGGCAUCAAGUUGACCCUCGAUCUCGCCAUUGGCUCUAGCGAGAUCGAGUCAACCGACAAGUCCAAGCUCCAGGACAUUUCUCAGCGCGUCCGCGACCUCAACGCUCGUCUGCAGGACGUCAGGCGCGAACAGAUCUUCCAGAGGGAACGCGAAGCCGAAUUCAGAGACCAAUCCGAAACGACCAACUCGCGCGUCGUGCGCUGGAUGGUCAUUCAGCUCGUCGUCCUCGGCAUCACCUGCGCCUGGCAGCUAUCGCAUCUCCGGUCCUUCUUCAUCAAGCAAAAGCUUACCUAAAAACCGGGAACCCAACCAAUGCAAAAAGGGGAUAAAUGAUUUUUUUUUCCUUCUCCGCCAAAAAAGCUGUUGGUCGUGAUUUGGUAGACAACGCUGGGAGUUCUGGGAAGGGUUUUGUUUGGUUUUGGUAUGUGGGUAGGUAGGUAAAGGGGUUACCUACCUACCUACCUACUUGAGAUGCCUAGGUGUCUAACCUAGGUGCUUAUACCAAUCUACAUAAUAUAUGACAUGGCAUGGCAUUGUAUGUUUGUAUGGUAUGCAUGUAUGUACGAACAAGCUAUCGCGUAGGUAGCUAUCUACCUAAUCCAACGUGGUUCAGGCGACCCGGCCUCUGCUGUAGUAGACGAUAGGGGGUGAAUGACGGAGGAAAAUGACAACGAUAUGGGGGGAGGUCAAAGGAGAGUGGACUGGGCUGCUUCAGGGGGGUAUAAAUACUACUUGACCUCAAGCUAGCUAGCUGCCUUGCCUUGCCUUGCCUUACCUGCCUAUCUGCAUAGUACCUACUUAACUACCUCCUUAUGUUGUUGUGCUUGUGGAUUCAGACACUUGACAAAUGGAUGCAGUUGUUAACCCAACAUAUCCCCAUCCAUUAAUACCUAUCUAUCUAUCUUCACCAGCCUAACCUAGUCAGUAGCAAAAGAAAAAAAGGAGAAGAAAAAAAGUAAACGCUUCGCUUGCUUGCUUGCUUGCUUGCUU